AUGGAUACCCUUACUACUCAUCCGUCGACUGCGCAACAGGCCAAGGCCUUCACUUCUCCUUCGUCGCUGUCCUUUCCUGGUGGCGCCGGCGACCUCACGCCGCCUUCCUCUGAUAAAGAUGGGCUGCACCAGAUGAACGGUGCUGUGGGACAAAUGAAUGGAGUGAAUGGUCAUAUGGGUGGUCAGCAGCAGCAGGGAGGAAAUGCCACCGCGGCUGGCAACGGGGUGACUCCCGCGACUCCUGCCGCGACUCCUGGUGCCGGACAAGGCGUGAGUGGAAUUGUUCCAACGUUACAAAACAUCGUCGCUACGGUAAACCUUGACUGUCGCCUGGAUCUCAAGACGAUCGCUCUGCAUGCGAGAAAUGCAGAGUACAAUCCAAAGCGUUUCGCGGCUGUCAUCAUGCGUAUUCGGGAACCCAAGACCACCGCACUGAUUUUCGCAUCGGGCAAAAUGGUUGUAACGGGUGCAAAGUCCGAGGAUGAUUCAAAGCUUGCAUCGCGAAAAUAUGCUCGUAUCAUCCAGAAAUUGGGGUUCAAUGCCAAAUUUACCGAUUUCAAGAUUCAGAAUAUUGUCGGCUCCUGCGACAUCAAGUUCCCCAUUCGUCUCGAAGGCUUGGCUAGUCGCCACCAUCACUUCAGCUCUUAUGAGCCUGAACUUUUCCCCGGUCUCAUCUAUCGCAUGAUCAAGCCGAAGAUUGUACUCCUGAUCUUCGUUAGCGGCAAGAUUGUCCUGACCGGCGCAAAGGUGCGCGAGGAAAUCUAUCAAGCCUUCGAAUUAAUCUAUCCGGUGUUGUCUGACUUUCGCAAAGUCUAA